GAAGAAAGCCAAGGUCAUUGCAGUAAUGAAUGCUGUGGAAGAAAACCAGGCCUCUGGAGAGCCUCAGAAGGUAGAGGAGGCUAGCCCUCCUGCUGUGCAGCAGCCCACCGACCCUGCGUCCCCUACUGUGGCCACCACCCCUGAGCCAGCGGGGGCUGAUGCUGGGGACAAGAAUGCCACCAAAGCAGCCAACGAUGAGCCUGAGUAUGAGGACGGCCGUGGCUUUGGCAUUGGAGAGCUGGUGUGGGGGAAACUCCGGGGCUUCUCCUGGUGGCCAGGCCGGAUCGUGUCUUGGUGGAUGACAGGACGGAGCCGGGCCACUGAAGGCACUCGCUGGGUCAUGUGGUUCGGAGAUGGCAAGUUCUCGGUGGUGUGCGUCGAGAAGCUCAUGCCCCUGAGCUCCUUCUGCAGCGCCUUCCACCAGGCCACCUACAACAAGCAGCCCAUGUACCGCAAAGCCAUCUACGAAGUCCUCCAGGUGGCCAGCAGCCGUGCUGGGAAGCUGUUUCCGGCCUGCCACGACAGUGACGAAAGUGACACCGGGAAGGCUGUGGAGGUGCAGAACAAGCAGAUGAUCGAAUGGGCCCUCGGGGGCUUCCAGCCCUCUGGUCCCAAGGGCCUAGAGCCACCGGAAGAGGAGAAGAAUCCAUACAAGGAGGUCUACACGGACAUGUGGGUUGAGCCCGAGGCGGCUGCGUAUGCCCCUCCCCCACCAGCCAAGAAACCCAGAAAGAGCACAGCAGAAAAGCCUAAGGUCAAGGAGAUCAUUGACGAGCGCACAAGAGAGCGGCUGGUAUAUGAGGUGCGGCAGAAGUGUCGGAACAUCGAGGACAUUUGUAUCUCAUGUGGAAGCCUCAAUGUCACCCUGGAGCACCCACUCUUCAUUGGUGGAAUGUGCCAGAACUGUAAGAACUGCUUCUUGGAGUGCGCCUACCAGUAUGACGAUGAUGGGUACCAAUCGUACUGCACCAUCUGCUGUGGGGGGCGUGAAGUGCUCAUCUGUGGGAACAAUAACUGCUGCAGGUGCUUUUGUGUGGAGUGUGUGGAUCUCCUGGUGGGGCCAGGAGCUGCCCAGGCAGCCAUUAAGGAAGACCCCUGGAACUGCUAUAUGUGUGGGCACAAGGGCACCUAUGGACUGCUGCGGAGACGGGAAGACUGGCCUUCCAGGCUCCAGAUGUUCUUUGCCAAUAACCAUGACCAGGAAUUUGACCCCCCAAAGGUUUACCCACCUGUUCCGGCUGAGAAGAGGAAGCCUAUCCGGGUGCUAUCUCUCUUUGAUGGAAUUGCUACAGGGCUCCUGGUGCUAAAGGACCUGGGCAUCCAAGUGGACGGCUACAUUGCUUCAGAGGUGUGUGAGGACUCCAUCACUGUGGGCAUGGUGCGGCACCAAGGAAAGAUCAUGUACGUCGGGGACGUCCGCAGCGUCACACAGAAGCAUAUCCAGGAGUGGGGCCCAUUCGAUCUGGUGAUUGGGGGCAGUCCCUGCAAUGACCUCUCCAUCGUCAACCCUGCCCGGAAGGGACUUUACGAGGGUACUGGCCGGCUCUUCUUUGAGUUCUACCGCCUCCUCCAUGAUGCGCGGCCCAAAGAGGGAGAUGACCGCCCCUUCUUCUGGCUCUUUGAGAACGUGGUGGCCAUGGGCGUGAGCGACAAGAGGGACAUCUCACGAUUUCUUGAGUCCAACCCCGUGAUGAUUGACGCCAAAGAAGUGUCUGCUGCACACAGGGCCCAUUACUUCUGGGGUAACCUUCCUGGCAUGAACAGGCCAUUGGCAUCCACUGUGAAUGAUAAGCUGGAGCUGCAAGAGUGUCUGGAACACGGCAGAAUAGCCAAGUUCAGCAAAGUGAGGACCAUUACCACCAGGUCAAACUCUAUAAAGCAGGGCAAAGACCAGCAUUUCCCCGUCUUCAUGAAUGAGAAG